AGCUCCUAUCUUGCAUUCUUGAGUCAGGUUGUUUUAUUCAGGGUGUUUAGUAGCCUUUUUAAAUAGGCAGGAACCUAAAAUGUAGAUCAGGCUUUUCAGUGAUUGGGACACCACAUAUACUCCUGCUCAGAUCACCAUCAUGGGAAUCCAGCUGCUGAUUUUGAUCUGAUUGGAAGUAUGAGGAAGGGAAAGAUGGUAAUGAGUCUUCCUCAGUCUUUCAGACUUGAAUUGCAGAAUUGGAUAGACCUAAAAAGCCACUGUCUUUCCAAAUUAGAAUAUUGAACUAGAAUUCAGGAAACCUAAAUUCCUAUCCCAGCCUACCAGGCUCCAUAAACACCUUGUAAAAGGAGUGCAUUAGAAUCAGAUAUCCACUAAGCACUGCUGGGAUACAGAGAAUCUUCUGCUGACUCUCAACUUUUCCUGGAAAAAUGAACCAUUCCCACCACAUGGGGAUGACCUCUAUGGACCACAGCAAUACUACUGCAGCCCCCCACUCCCAUGGAAUGGAUGACAUGAUGAUGAUGCAGAUGACCUUCUAUUUUGACUAUAAGAAUGUGGAGCUAUUGUUUUCUGGUUUGGUGAUCAAUACGGCUGGAGAAAUGGCUGGAGCAUUUGUGGCAGUGUUCUUACUAGCAAUGUUCUAUGAGGGACUCAAGAUAGCCCGAGAGAGCCUGCUGCGCAAGUCACAAGUCAGCAUUCGCUAUAAUUCCAUGCCUGUCCCAGGGCCAAAUGGAACCAUCCUUAUGGAGACGCACAAAACUGUUGGGCAGCAGAUGCUGAGCUUUCCUCACCUCCUGCAAACAGUGCUGCAUAUCAUCCAGGUGGUCAUCAGCUACUUCCUCAUGCUCAUCUUCAUGACUUACAACGGGUACCUCUGCAUUGCGGUAGCAGCCGGGGCUGGCACAGGCUACUUUCUCUUCAGCUGGAAGAAGGCAGUGGUAGUGGACAUCACAGAGCAUUGCCAUUAACAUCCAACUCCAUGGUGUGGCCUUAUCGAUUGCAGCGGGAAGCAUUCAAGACUGGAAGACAUGAUUCCUACUCCAAUCUUCCCUUCUUGCUCCUUACCUCCUUAGACACACACACACACACACACACACACACACACACACACCUGCUCAACAGUGGUUUACCUUACAGUAUAUGAUCUAAAGUGGUAACCUCCCUGUUUUCUCCCUCAUGAGCUGAGAUUCUCAUCUCUGUUGAGGUGAAGCCAUCUGUGAGAUGUCCUCUCCUCCCCCAUCAUCUUGGAUCCAAGUUAUAAGUUCUUCGGUCAUCAGUUAGCUUUCUGUUCAAAGACUUGAUCACCUGCUUCCUUUUUUAGUCUUGUUUUUAUUUUGUUAACAGACAAUACGUGAAUUUGGUGGGUUUUUCCUGGGUCAGUGAUGGAAAGGGAUUAACUUCAGCCAGGAUUAAUGGCAGCUGAGGGAAAUUCUUGCCCAACUAAACCCAGAACCCAAACUUAACAUUAAAAAAUAAGUUCCAGUCUCUGAAUUCAAUGAGUGGGAAAUACAUUGUGCCUUUUCCUAGGUGUGAUGUAUUGCACUGAAAUCUUUGUAGUGUGCAGAGGGGUAGUUUGAGCUAAACAUAGGCCUGGAGCUUGCAGAAGUGUGCAUUCUUGGGUGGCUGACUCAUCAUUUUGAUUGAGUCAAAUGGACUUGUCCAUUUGAUUCAAGAAUGGACUUGUCAGUCAAAAAAGGAUGACAAUCAAUUUGAGAAACAGAAAUAGGUACUUUAAAACCAUUGGCAUUUUACUUUGUACCUUGGUUUGUCACAGCUGAAUGAAGCAAGAGGUUGUCAUUUUUUCCCAUUGUUUUCAUGUGUCUGCCUCUAAACCAGUGGUUUUCAAACUUUAACAUGCAUGAGAAUCACUUGAAGAACUUGUUAAAACAAUUGUUGCUGGACCUCAACCCAGAGCCCCAAAAUUGUCAUUUCUAGCAAGUUCCCAGGUGAUGCUCCUGCUGAUGGUUGGGGAACAGCACUUUGAGAAUCUCUGCUUUAAACUAAGGGAGUAUCACCUGGUGGAGUGAGCUACCUGGUACUGGGCAUGGGAAUUUGAGUUGCUGAUUGGUAGAUGGUAUGUUUAGGCUUAACUCAUGUACUAAAUGCUGCUGGUCAAUACAUAAUCAUUCCAUAAACAUUUAUUCAGCUCCAACUGUGUGUAGUGUGCCCGAGCAUUCAUGCACAAAGGGCUGUAGCCAAAGUAACUUGUCAGCAUGUAUGAAACCACUAGUUCUUAUUUUUAAAGAUCUGUGGUUUCUUGAAAGUAGCUUGAAGAUUGAAUAAGACCUUUGAUCUGCAGUGUAAAUCAGCCAUUCCCAGGUCAGAAGGGCAAAAAAUCCUAGCCCUCUCUUUGGAGAGGCUUAGGGUGUAGUCUGCUGACAGCCAGAUUUUCCUCAGCCCCUGCCAUCCACGCCCAUACCAAACAGGUCAUCCUCUACAUGACCAUCUUUGUUACUCUUGGGGGUUUAAUUAUAUCAUAAGUGGCCAAAACCUCUUUUCCUAUGAAGAAUCAGAUGGGACUUUUAUUCUGGUCGGUUGUUAGUCUACUGCAGUUUUGUUCCCAGUCCAGACUACCUCUGUAAAGUGACACUUUCUGCACUGGUCUGUUAAAUCCUGCCCUCCUUGGUGCUAGACUCCAGUUGUCCCUCAGGACAGAGGAGACAAAACACAGCUCUCUGGAUGGCCUCUGUUAUAGUUUUGAAGUUUGUACUUUCUCUGUCAGUGUCAGUUAAAUAUUGGAGAGUGAGGAAUGUGAACUUGCGUGGCUUUGAACCAAGAGAGGGUUAUGAGCUUACUGAGGUUAAAAUCUAAGAAUCAACAGCUGGAGUUUUGUGCUUUUCUCUCAUUACAACCCCUUGUAGUGCUGAUACUUAGCAAGAACAGAGUGAAUGACAAAUACAAAAUCCAACAGUAAGGUCUGAAUAACCUGUGAUUGUCUCAUAAGCCAAGGAAUAAUAAAACUGUAAGAAAUAAAGUAAGAAUCAAUGUUCAGUAGUGACCCUGGUGCUUUCUAAAAAUCUUGACACAAGCUGCUAUGAAAUACCCUUUCAGGAAUGGGACCUUACCAGUAAGGUAAGACAAAUCAAGUCUAGUUAAGACAAAGUGCUAUGAAUCUGAACGCACAGACCAAAACAUCAGUUUGGGUUAGGUCUUCAGGUGUUCAAGGUAGAGUCUCAUGAAAAAUCUGGCUUCUAGUGAUUCUUAGAGGAGGUUGCCAAGGAAGAAGUUAGUGAAGAAGAAAAAAACUAAAGUUUAUAUUCCAUCUUUCUUGAGCUUUUGGGUUGUAAUAACUAUCACACUGACUUUCAUUUCUAUACCUUUUCAUUUGGAAUUUAGUGCCUGAUUGCUUUGUUCCUUUUGGAUCCAAAUUUCACUUUUCCUCCUUCCCUGUUCACAUCUAUUAGAAGCCUGCAUCCCCAUUUCUUUGGCCCCUUAUUCUGCUCUCCUUUUCCCUUUGUCUUUCAGUCUUCAAGCCCAUAUACCUAGUUUAUUAAAUCUCCCUAGUCCUCCUGAUGCAGUGGAUAUUGCAAUGCAGUAGGUGCAAAUACCAAGCAGAAGUUGUAAAACUUGGUAGAGACCUUAAGCACACCUUGAGGAGAAAUUGUCCCACUGAGAAGUUCUGUAAGGUUGGGUAAAGGGCUACCCAGGACCAUCCGCAGAGUUACAGAAUCUUGGGUGCUGUCUGGAGGAAUCUGUGCUGGAGGGACACCCAGUCUCCCAUUGCUCACAAACAGGGAGUCCUCUGUAUCCACCAAGGAAUUAGAGAUUGUCUUCACUUCUAUGGUAGGGUUAUCUGGAAUUCCCUUUCAGGCUGUGGGGCACUGGUCUUGGGUUUCAGCCACAGGGGGUUCCUUAUGGAAGCUGGAAGGGAAGGGGCAGGAGGUACAUUUUCAUAUCAUUUAGUUUUGAUCCUGCUCUCUCCAGCUGCUGCUUUCAGAAGAAUGUCUAAAGAUACAAAGUCUGCAUUUGAUAUAAUGCCUUAAUCACUGGGUCUACAAUUAAUGUUGACUGUUUUAGAUUGUAAGCUCCUGGAGAGCAAUAUUGCUGUAGUAGGAAUGUUUUAACAGUGUCAUGUGCAAAAGAACAAAAUAAAUAUUUUGAUUUUGUGA